AAUUCUAAUAUACGUGUUGAAAAUAGUUAAAGUACAUGUCAGGUCACACUGUGGAAUUUAUAGUCCGGUCUAUACCGGUCAUGUUCAUGAAUAGCUCUUAUCAGACAUGGCGGCAGACCUUGUACAGAACGUAAUGGCAGCCGUUCCGGAGUCAAACACAGCACUCCUUGGCUGCUUGACGACCCCGAACGAAAUGGCGCCCUCUGUUAACAGUUUGCUGAGUCGUGCGGUGGAGAGUUUCCUCAGUAAAGAGUACGACUCAUGUGUCCAGCUUUGUGAACCACUACUGGACCUUACAUGGGAGAAACUCAACACUGGUCACUGGAAAGACGUCCAUCUUUGUUGGCGAUAUUUGUACUCGCUUGUUUCACUGCUGAAGGGCGCGAGUGAGGUGGUCAUAGCAACCAUUCGUAGUGAAAAUACCGGAAAUGACGUAAUUAAAAAUAAUUUAGCAAACUCCAUUAAAACAUUCGAUAUGGGUCUCUUGAUGGGAGCACCUAUUUUUGGAAACGUUCUUUCAAAACUGUCAUUACAUGUUCAUGAUUGGUUAGGUACGAAUUCCAGUUUCCAGACACCCGGAGCAGAAUUGACUUCAUCAGGAAAAAAAUUGAUACAAAGUGACAAUUUGACAGAAAAUGAAGAUGCCAAAUCUACUCGUUUGUGUUGCCAAUGUUCUGAAAUGUGUAAAGAAGGAAAUUGUGAGCAUUUUGAAAAUAUAUCAAAGAAACCGAAAAUGGAAAUUACCAACAUUAAAAUAAAAUCAAAGAACCAAAUUAAACGAGUAAGAUGCCCUUCGAUGGAACUCUUUCGAAAGGAGUACUUGUGUUCUAAGCAUCCCGUGAUCAUAACAGAUGCAAUGGGUCAUUGGCCAGCUAUGGGCUGUAGAAGAUGGUCACUAGACUAUCUCAAGAAAAUAGCCGGUUACAGGACGGUUCCCAUAGAGAUAGGGUCUAAAUACACAGAUGAUAAAUGGACCCAGAAGUUGAUGACGGUCAGUGAAUUCAUAGAUCAAUUCAUCACAGCGGAUAUGUCCAGGUCGAAUGAUGUCACAGGUUCAAGGUUGAAACAAGAUAAACCAGUAGGCUACUUGGCUCAACAUCAACUUUUCAACCAAAUUCCCGAACUUCAGGACGAUAUUGUGAUUCCGGAUUAUUGUGUUCUGGGCGGAACCGGAAGUACGAAUCCGGAAACAAGUGAUGAUGACGUUGAAGAAGUGGAUAUCAACGCAUGGUUUGGUCCAAAAGGAACGGUAUCGCCAUUACAUCAUGACCCAAAAGAGAACUUUCUUGCGCAGGUUGUGGGCCGGAAGUAUAUCCGACUAUACUCUGAGGUCAUGACCCCUUAUUUGUACCCCCAUGACGGCUUCAUGGACAACACAAGUCAGGUAGAUGCGGUAAAUCCGGAUUACGCGAAGUUUCCUCGUUUUAAGAACGCCACUUACCGAGAGUGCGUUCUGGAGGAAGGAGAGAUGUUGUUUAUCCCGCAAAAAUGUUGGCACUACGUAAGGUCAUUGUCAGUAAGUUUCUCUGUCAGUUUCUGGUGGAAAUAAAACAAAAAUCGUU